AUGAUUCCUAACCAAGUGUGCGUGAUUUUGUGUACUGAUAGGACUCAUGGCUCAUCCGCCAAAGGAGGUCCAUCUGAUAGAUUCUGUUUUCAGCUAGUCACGCACUAUGACAAGGACCCCCAGGUUCGACAAUUCGUCGACCAAAUGGAAUGGUACAUCGUUCCGCUCCUGAACCCGGAUGGGUAUGAGUAUUCGCGGAGUAGCAGCGACCCUGAGAUCCGUCUCUGGCGGAAGAAUCGCAGUCCAGCGAGAUGCAUCCAACAGAGCACAGGCUUGUUCAGCGCUCCGCAAACUACCUGCUGUCAAGGUGUCGAUUUGAAUCGAAACUUCGAUUGGUUCUUCGGACAAGUUGGAUCGUCAACCGAUCCGUGCUCAGAGAUCUACCAGGUUAAUUUACAUGCUUGA